CGGGGCGAAAGUAACGCGGGACAAAAGUAACAAAGCGAUUUUCUCAGAGACCUGAUUACAUUUUCAUUCCAAGCUAUGACAGCACGUUCAGCACGCAACCCUUGACGGAGCUGCCAAAUAUCACGUGAUUUCGUCAUCGCUUCCCGCGGUUAGGUCCGGCAAGCAGUUUUCAAGUGCGCAAAUUUGCAUACGAAUUGGCCAGCAGAUAUGGCUGCAAAUAUCCAGAUGUAUGGGAUGCCACCAAGAUGGCUGGAAAGGACUGGCUCACCUCCUUCCUUAAACGCAACAAUACAUUGUCUAUUCGCCGACCUCAAGCCACCAGCAUGUCCCGUUCCACCAGCUUCAAUAAAACAAAUGUGACUGCUUUUUAUAACAACCUGCUGACAGUUCUUGCCCGCUACCUUUUUGAAGCAAAGGACAUUUGGAACGUGGAUGAAACAGGUACCACGACAGUCCAAGUGCCAGAUAAAAUAAUUGCCACCAAGGGGAAGCGCCAGGUCGGUGCAGUGACCUCUGGGGAGAGGGGGACAUUGGUCACCACUGCCCUUGCAGUAAAUGCACAAGGCAAUUGCAUUCCCCCGUACUUCAUCUUUCCCAGGAAGAAGUUCCAGGACCACUUUGUGAGAAAUGGUCCCAUUGGCUCUGCUGGUUCUGCAAAUAGCUCAGGCUGGAUGCAGGAUACAGACUUUCUGGCCUUUCUCCAGCACUUUGCCAGACACACCCGUGUGACCCUGGAGUCGAAGGUGCUUCUCCUCCUCGACAAUCAUUGGUCACACCUUUCUGUGGCAGCAAUUGACUUUUGUCGGUCAAACGGCAUAGUCCUACUAUCGUUCCCACCCCACUGCUCACAUCGUCUCCAGCCACUUGACAGGAGCGUCUUCGGUCCACUGAAGCGAUAUAUAAACACGGCAGCAGAUCACUGGAUGAGAACACACCCUGGAAAAACUUUGACCAUCUAUGAUGUUCCAAGCCUAGUGGCCACAGCUCUACCACGAGCAGCGACACCCAGAAACAUAACGUCUGGCUUUGUGUGCACUGGCAUCUGCCCCUUUAACCCAGAUAUUUUUGAGGAGCAAGACUUUUCACCUGCCUAUGUCACCGACCGCCCGUUUCCUUCACUGGUACCAUGUGGUCCCACACCACAUUCCAACAAACACCCACUUAGCCAGAGCCUGUUUGAGGGAGGGCUGCUGCCAGAGUAUCCUGGUGGUUCAACCAGGGACGCCUGUUUAGAGUCUACCAUCCCAUACCACCCAGCUGUCUGUUCAGGCAAGAUAAAAUAA